AUGAGCAGAGCCAAAGUAAACUCAGAUAGUUUAUAGAUUAUAGGUGGCGGCGGUGGAGGAGGUGAAAUUUAUAUGACAAAUAGCGAAGUAAAUCAAUAUAGCAAUUUACAAGAUAACUUAAGUAGCUAAGAUUAAAUAGGAAUGUUUUCAUUUAGAAAUUAAAAAUUAAACUCGCUUCACUCUAGGAAUAACGAAUAAUAUGAUAAAGAAAGCGUCUAAGCAAACAAAUAGGGAUAAAAUACAAAUUAGAAUAUUUCUCAAAAUCAUUCACCGAUUAAUUAACAAAAUUAGUUUUACUCUUUCAACUAGUAUCCUAAUUAAAGCGGUAGAUAGAGUUAGUGUAGUCAAUAGAGUAUUCCUUAUAAUCCUAGUUCUUCUUUAUAAACAUUUGGAAAUGCAUCAAACAUGAGGAGAGAAAGAGAAUCAUCCAACUCAUAAAUUGAGAGCACCCUUAGAUAAACUUAGCAUCAUAGAUAUAAUUCUGAUGCGAGCAUUAUUAACCAUACUAUUAAAACUGCUUAAUCAGAAUUAGUUAGCCAAUCAUUUGGUAUUAAUUAAGGUACUUAGCAAAAUCAUCAUCAAAAUUUUAAGAUGUAUAAUAAUUCUCAAUAAAAUUUAAACAAUACACAACUAUAAAAUUAAGAAAACUAACAUUCUUAUCCUAACUUCAACAACUCCAACUAAGCUGUUAAAAAUUAAGAUCCUCAUUUAAGCUAAAAAAAUAAUUAAAAUAAUAAUAAUUAGCAAGAGAGAACAAAUAACUACGUUUAUGAAGAAAACAACUUGAAUAAAAACUAAUAGUAGAAGCAUAUGAGAUCGAAUUCCCUUUAAUAAAACAUGUAUCAAAAUAAUAUGAAAAUCCAAGGUUCAGUUUAUUCAAAUAGCAAUAAUACAAACAAUAUCCAAUAUUAACAUUAGAAUAGUGCUUAGCAAAAUUUUUAGAAAGCUAAUAACAGUCAUAAUCAAAAUUUUAAAAAUCAAAGUGAUUAAAAUUAAGUUGAUCAAUAGCAAAUAUUGAAUAUCUAGAAUCAUAGCAGACAAGAAUAGCAUUAUCAGAAAAAUAAAAUAAAUUAAACCCACCAUUAUUAAAAUCAGUCAUAAGAUUAUAUAAGUUAAGGUGCAUAGUAAAGUCACUUUAAUAGCCAAUAAUCAAAUAAUUAUUAAAGCAAUAAUUAAAAUCAUAGUAAUUAUAACUCUUAAAAAUAAUAAUAAUUUAAUUAAAAUAUUAAUUAGACUAAUGGUAAUUCAUAAAAAUAUUAGCCUCCAUAAGAAAAGCAGUACAUAUCAAUCGAUAAAUCCUAGAUUAGCUCAAUUAAUAGUGGUAGAAAUAAUCAAUCUAAUAGUUAGAGUUUAUAUUUUAUUUCUCCAAGAUCUGAUUCAGUCUUUUUUAAUUAAAAUAGUUCUGUCCAAUCUUAACAAGGAGUUUUUCAUAUUAAUACUUACAAAUUAAAUAAUCAUAAAUCAAACACUAACCAAUAACCAAAUAGUAAUAGCAACAAUAACAACAAUAAUAAUGGUAGUGGUUUUAACAAUAAUUCUAUUACAAAAGAAAUGGAUUUUAUUAAAGACUCCACAAGAAAAAUUAAUCAGGAUUUAUCACCAGAAGAUGAAUUUUUAAUAAAAUUUAAAAAGAUGAAAAAUAAUUAAUUUUUGAAUAGACCACAAUCUAACAAUCCAGAACAAAGAAGAAAAUAAAAGAAUGAUUAUCCAAGUAUCGAAAAUGAGUUUAAUUUCACUGAAAACAUUAAUAAUAACCCUCAAAGCUUAAACGACCAAUCUAUUUAAAAAAUAAAUUUAUCAAAUAAUAGCUAUUAAAAUGGUAUAAAUACUAACCCAAAUUCUAAUAACAAUAGCUUUUUAGCAAGAAAAGCUAGUAAGAAAAGUAAUUAUAUCAAUUAUCCAACUCAUUCAAAAAGAAAAUAUGAUCAGAUAAAUACAAGUGGUAAAAAAGAUUCAAGUCAAUAAGAUAACUCUCUUAUUUUAACAAAAGAAAAUAACUUGGACAGCUAACCUCAUUAUAUUGGCUCACCUUUGUCUCCGUCUGGAGUAAUUGAGCAUUUUAGCCACAAGAACAGUAUAACAUAAGAAUUUAACGGAAAGAACAUUUAUAAAUAAGAUGAAAUAUAGAUAUAUGCUAAUACUUAGAAUAAUAAUAACAAUAGUUUAGGAAGUACAAUGUAAAGUAAUCAAAAUAAGAAUAAUAACAAUUCUAAUAAAUAUGGUUCAGCUGAAAACUCACAUCAAAAAAAUCCUUUAAGUAUAAGUAAUAAUAAAAAUAGUAAUUUUAAUAGUACUUACCUAAACUAUUCUAAGUCUGUGAACGCAGAGCAUCCAUUUAAAAGAGUAGAAUCAACUGUUAGUUCUCCGAACCAUUAGAUUAAUAAAAAUUAUAAUCAGAUUAUUUCCUCAAACUAAAACAAUCCGAUUAACAAAGAAAAUAUCCUCGUAGCUAAUAAUCAUAAAGAUAAUUUAGGAAGAUCUUAAUCUGCUGGAUUAGUCAAUAAGAAGAAAAUAUUCAAUUAGUAAAACUUCAGCAACUCCCCUAACAUUUAAAAAGAAAAUAAAAAAUUAUAAAAUUCUCCUAUUUUAAUGUCAAACGAAACAUUUUAGGUUGACAAUAAGCUUUAUGAAACAAAAUAGAAGUUUUAAGAAGAGAAUUAAACACCAAAAGUAAAUUAACUUUUAUUUUCAGGAAUUGAAAUAAACUAAAAAAUACAAGUGGAUAGUGCUCAAAUACUCAAAUCAGAUGAAGAUAAUCUUAAAAAAUAUAUUUAAUUAUAGAAUGAAAUUAACAAUAGUUAAACUGAAGUAAAGUAAAUGAAAGAAGAAAGUAAGUCCAUCAAUUUAUAGAAUUAUAAAGAUGCAAGAAAAAAUUCAAAAGAAAUUGUAUUAAAUUAAAACAAGAUCAAACCUGGGGAAAAUGUGAAUAAAGUAGCCUAUAACAACGCUAUUUAAUUAUCUUAAAACUAAGAAAAAUCUCUUAAAAAAACAGCUGCUGAAUAUUUAAUGUAAAAAGCAAGUAAACAGCAACUCUAUAGCAAUAGUUAUAAUAUUUCAGGCUUUACACCUCAGCAUAUAAUUAAUAGAAAUCAGCCUUCUUAAUAAAAUUUGAAUUAUUUUCAAGCAAAUUAGAAGGCUUCAUCUACCCUUCCAACUAAUCAUGAUCUGAGAAAUAAAAUAACAAAAUAUAGCGAUAACUUUAUAAAGAAAAAAAGCUUGCCAACAUAUUAAAAUACCUAACAAGAAGAAAAUUUACUUUAUUAAAAUUACUUAGUUAAAAGUAAAUUAAAUAGUAAUAAUAUAUAAAGAAAUAAUUUCGCAAUAAAUUUAAGCAAUCCAAAUUAAAUUAACGGUAAUAAUUCUCUUAACCAUGUUAGCAAAUAUAAUGAAGCCAAUAAAGAGAAAUAAAAAACUCCAAGAAUGAAAAUUUUCGAUCAUGAAACUUCUCAAAACCACUCAUUCAACAGAGAUAGAUCAAGAGAUAUAAGCCCAAACAGAAAUAUGAUAUUCAAUCAGCCUUACCUCUCUAAAAGCCCUAUAGGUAGAGAUUUAGACGAAAAAGAAGGAAUUCUCUCUGCAAAUAAUAGCAUAGAACUUAGAAACUCUCCUUUUGUUUCUAAAAAUCCAUAAUUUAAAACAUAAAAGCAACCUAUAUAAUUAAUGUAAAAGUAACCUUUAGAUUCACUUACUCAAUUAGAGCCCUGUGAUAUUUCUGAAGCAAGCAUUGCUAACUAAAAUAUACCUAAAUAAACUUUAGAUUCUAAACAUGACAAAACCUAGACUUACUUUUCUAAAGUGAAGAAUGAAAAUAAAUAUGAUGGAAUUCAACAACAUUAGCAGGUGUAAGAAGCAGAAAAUAAAAUAAACGAAGUAAAAAUGAAUAAUAUUCUCGAAAAGUAAAUAUAUCCUCUUGUCGUUUCAGAAUAAUUUAAGCAGAUGUAUAAUAAAGAGUCAUCAAAUUAUAAUUAAAUAGUAAACACAAUUAAUCACAAAAAAAAUGGAAUGCUAGGUUCUCCUACUUCAUAAGAUAAUUAUCUUGAUUAAAAAUAUAAUAGAAAUAAUAAAAAUUUUCCAGUUUAAGUCAGUGUUUCUAAUAAUCCUAACAAUAACAAUAUCUUUACUCCAAGAGUAACCUCUCAUAAUGAAUUUGAAAAAAAAAAUAGUAUUUAGAGUACUCCAUAGUAAUUAAAUACAGUUACCAAUUAAAAUUAAUAAAUAAAUAAGAUAAAAAGUGAUAAAAAUUUAUAAUAAUUAUUUUUUUACUGCAAAUUUUGCUAGAUAUUUACAAGAGAUUCUUUAAGUUAACAUGAAAUUUUGUGUAGUAAGUAAAUGAAAUAGAUGGAAUUAAUGUAAAAAAGCGAGCAAAUAUCAUUCAUUAACUCAAGAAUAAAAAAUGUUUAAGAAUUUUAGACUUUUCUUUUACAAGUUUUAACAACUAAAAAGUUAAUCUUUUAUACAGAAUUCCAUGAUGAAAACUUAAAAGAAAUACUAUAAAAUAAUGAAAAUGUUGAAAAAAUGUAAAAUACCUAUUAAGAUUUAAUGCUAUUAUUUGAAAGGGUUCAAUCCUUUAUCCUAUAGCAGUAAUAGUAGAAUAAUCAACAAAUUUCUUAACAACAAUAGUUAUAUAAUAAAAAUUUCCUUUAGUUAAUAGAAACGACUAUUUUACUUGCCUUCUAAAAAUUAAGAGCAAUAGCUUUAUGA